UAUUUUGACGUUUAUGGUUGAUUAUGAUUAGAGCUGAGUGGUGUCCGUUCAAUUCUCAAUUUAUUUUUUAUAUAAAAUAAGUGAACUAUGCAGUGAUUCACUAAUUAUUAAACCCUACCAUUUAAUAAACAAAUUAUCUCAACUCAUUUUGUAUAUUAUGAGAAACUGGCGGACGAUGUUAAUACAAGUCAUUAGUGGAGUGAUACUGCUUUAACAAUGAGAAAAACAAAGUGUUUUAGGCGUAAAAAAGGCUACAUGGACCAUGAAUUGAGCUGUAGCACAUCUAAGUGCACAAAUAGUUUGUAGGAUCAUUUAUGUUGCUUCAGUGUUUACUAAAAAGCUGGUUACAUGACUGUGAAUCAUUCACAAGUUGUAACAAGAGCUCCUGCCCCUUUGCCCCGUUGUUCUUGUCUGGCCGCACAUUCCUCUUCUGUGAAUAUGGCCAGAGAUAAACUAACAAGGAAAUGGGAGGUAUUUCAGGGAAGGAACAGAUUCUAUUGCAAUGGAAGACUUAUGACUGCUCCAAACUCAGGAGUAUUCUUGCUCACUGUAUUCCUUAUUACAGUGACAAGCACACUGUUUUUUAUAUUUGACUGUAAAUAUUUGGCAGAAAAUGUGACAAUCGCUAUACCCAUUAUUGGAGGAUUAUUGUUUCUUUUUACAAUGUCAUCUUUAUUAAGGACAGGCCUUUCUGAUCCUGGAAUCAUUCCAAGGGCAACAUCUGAAGAAGCUGCUUAUGUUGAAAAGCAGAUAGAAGUAACAAAUUCAGCUAACAGUCCUACAUUUAGGCCUCCUCCUAGAACAAAAGAGGUGCUAGUAAAAGGCCAGACUGUGAAACUGAAAUAUUGUUUCACAUGUAAGAUAUUUAGGCCUCCAAGAGCUUCCCAUUGCAGUUUGUGUGACAACUGUGUUGAUAGAUUUGAUCAUCAUUGUCCAUGGGUGGGAAAUUGUGUGGGCAGAAGAAACUACAGAUUUUUCUACAUGUUCAUAGUUUCCUUAGCAUUUUUGGCAGUUUUUAUAUUCGCCUGUGCAGUUGCCCAUCUAAUUUUGAUAACAAAAGAGGAUAGACAAUUCUUAGAUGCCGUCAAGGAGUCUCCUCCUAGUAUAAUAGUAGCUAUAAUAUGCUUCUUUAGUGUCUGGAGCAUUAUUGGUUUAGCUGGAUUUCAUACAUACUUGACCACAAGUAAUCAGACCACAAAUGAAGAUAUAAAAGGGUCCUUUGCCAGUAAAAGGGGCCAAGAGAGCUUUAAUCCGUAUUCACAGGGUAAUGUGUGUCUGAACUGUUUCCACAUAUUGUGUGGACCUGUAACACCUUCUCUCAUUGACAGAAGAGGUAUAGUUACUGAAAGCUAUUCAGCAGAAAUAAAUGGAACAUCAACAUCUGAGGCUGUUCUGGCUCCAAAAUAUUAUGGGCCUAUCCAGAACGGGCCGCAACACAUAACUCCUAACUCCACUGAGCUGCCUGGGAUCUACCGCCAGACAACUGAAACCACCGAAAGUAACGCAGGUAGUGUGACACAUUUGGUGAUGAGUGAGCAACCACUGGCGGUGGCCAGCUCACUGCCGAAAGCCUCAGUUAGAGAAGAUGAGCAACAUUUCUCAAACCAUUCGCCUCUCUACAACAACAUUCCUCUGGGCAAAUCACACAGCUAUGCAGACAAUAUCAAUCAUCACUGCGACGAUAAGACACCACCCGACAUCACCAAGGAUGCUACAGUUAAGAUUGAAGAUUUGCAUCUGGAUCCCGUCAUAUUACAGGACAAAUCCAAAUUGGACGUACUGAAAUUCAACGAUUUGACAGUCGCCGAAAAGAAGAACAGUUUGCUAAGUGCAAGCAGGCUUCGGCUGUUGCAGGAUACAACGAUGAUCGAGAGUGCGCUGGAUUUGGACUCACUGGACGAUUCCAGUUUAGGGACUAACAGUCAAGCUGCUCUGAUGAAGGUUGUGUAAUAGGUGGAUACCUAUAAUAUAGCCAAGUAGACAACGACGGAUCCAGGGGGAAUCUUGGUCAUGAUCCCUCCCCACUGGGUGAAUCGAGAUCGACCACUGUUUUUGUCGCCCAAAUACAGUAUGGAAAUGUACUUCAAACUGACACGAAUUUGUAGCACCAAUUACAACAUUCAUUUGAAUUGCCACAAAACUAAUUUUAAUAACAUUAGAUGAGAACAACUUUGUCAUUCAGAAUUUCAUUUUCAUAUACUGAUGGCGUAUUCUGUCGGGAUUACAGUUUAACAUGAAAUUGAUUUAUAACUAACUUUUUAUUUGUAUAAAAUUUUGACAGACUUUUUCUUCAGAUUUUUGUCUUAUGAUCUACUAAUGACAUUAAAUGAGCACAUACAAUUUUUAGAUUUUUCAAAAAUUACGAGUACAAAAUACUGCUGUUGUGAACUUCCACAAGAAUAUACUGCAAUCUUUUUAGCUUUAGUUGAUGAGUCACAAGUAAUAAUACUCAUACAGUAUGGGCCGUCUGUAUGAUAGCUUUAACUGCUUUACAUGUAUGAAAACCCAUACUCAUUGCUAACCAAAGUUGAUAGCGCUCUAUAGUAUGUAUGUUUUUCUACUGUUCCUCUUUUUAGUUUGGUUAUAUGCAGCGUUUUUAGUUAAGGAGUCCCUACAAAUGUGUGAUUGGAUAAAAUAUUGAGUAUUUACAUAGAUUUUUCAAAUACUUUCAAAAAAAUAUAUAUAAAUUCCUAUAAAACUACACCUUUUAUACAAAAACGUCAAUGGAAUGAAUCAGCAGUAAAUAUAGAGAUUUCUCCUAUAAACAAAUAUUUUUUUGCUUUGUUGAAGGUGUUUGACAUAGUAGAAUAAAAAAAUCCAGUUUCCUGGAUUCGCCUGAUCUGUGAUUGACGUUUUUGCUUUCUACAACAUUUUUUGCGUUACCUCUACAGCAUAUUUCGAAUUGAGCCAUUGUAGGUUAUAGCUUCCUUUUGGAAUUUUUUUACUAAUAUAUUAGGUGAUCUGUGUUUAUAUUUAUUCCCACCAGUAUAUUUUUCGAUCAUAUAAUUGAAAACUGUGGUAAUAAAGGCCUAUGGAGAACUGAAAAUCAAAAUUACAGCAUUAAUUGGCAUCUUUUAUAACUUAGUUUGUAUUAGUAAUAUAUAUAUAUAUAAAAUGUCACUGUGCAAUUUAUACAUUCCACUUUUUUAUUUUGAUUCAUAUAUGAUGUUACAACUAAAGAAUUGAUUAUUGAUUGUUAUGAAGACUUCUCACAAUUCGGAAGCUCUAAAAAUAUUCUUUGUAUACUAUUUAGUUAUAUUUUCCUUAAGUGUGUAUGAAUUAGUAUCUUAUUGUAUAUUAUGCGAUAACAUAGAAUUAGUGAAAAUGACUAUUAGGCUUAGAUUAUGGAUUGACUUUAUGUAUCUAUUUAUUUAUUUUCAUAAGCUAUUCACUACUGGAAAAUAACCGAAGGGACUUUCUAAAUUAAAAGAACCAUACGAAAAUCUCAGGAAGUAUUUAGGAGAUUAGUAAUGUUUUAUAUCCUUACAUCUCUUUUCGUUUAUUAUUUCUCAUAGAUUACACAGCUAAUUUCAUUGAAACCUGGUACAUAAUGUCCAUUAUAAUUCGAUAACUUGUUCUUAUUCAAUAGUACAGUCUGCGAAAACCGAAAGUUCGCCCAUGUUGGCCUAACAGACAAGGUUAAACAUCGCUUUAAAAUAAAAUAAACUCAAAAUAACCAUCGAGGUCUUGUAAAGCGACGUUUAAACCUUAAUUUAGAUACGACCUCAAAAAUUACAAAUGAAUAUACACAUUUUUAGGGCUUUUCAGAGACAUUAAAUCGCUCAUAACUCGAAAAUGAUCCACUAUAGAGAAAAGUUAAUGGAACCUUUCUUGUUCGGAAAAAAUCUGAAAAAAAAUGUCCGGGCAAAAAAAUGUAAUUUAUUUAAAAAAAUUGUUACCGUGCGAGCAUAUUAAAUGCUUAAAAAUUCGUUUAACAUUUUUGAGGCCGCCUUGAUGAGUAUUUUGAGAUUAGUUUAAAGCAAUUUCAAGGUUUUUGUUUUUCAGGCCAAAAUUGGCGAAUUUUUGGUUUCCGCAGACUGUAGAAAUCAACAUUGAUUGUUGAAUUGUGGAGGUUUUAUUUUAUUUUGGAUUUUUCGAAGAGUCACCCCCCGGAUCAUUCUUGGGAAAAAGUGCGGAAGUCUCGCCGUCAUCCAUCAGUCUCAUCUUUAAAGACAAUUUAACUAUCAGCUAUCAGGAUUUGGUGGAUUGAACUAAAUGCAAUUUGUAUAGUCACAACAAUGGAUUGAACUAUAUUAACUAACUAACUAGGGUUCAGAAAUCGGCUGCAAGUCUGAACACUUUAGUUCUUAUAUUUUUUUGUGAACAAUAUUAAUGGUGGACACUUUAAACAUCACAUCUAUUAUUUAUUCAUCUGUACAUAAUUUGCAUAUAAUGGGAUGCUGUUGUAAAUAUCUUUCUCUCAAGGUGUUAUCUACGAUGAUGCAAAAUUUUAUUUAAAAUGUUGUAUAUUUUUGCUACAACUUCUUACAUCUUGUUAGACAAUAUUCAUUUGUAUGAUACAGUGAGCUUUAUUCACAUUAAAACUCCCAUUUAUGAGGUAUAAAUGUGUAUUGAGUAGGUGAUAUAUUUGUUAUAAAUUUUAUUGAUGGAAUUUAUAAAUAUUCCAACUAUAUGGAAGCAAUAAGUGUUAAAGAC